AUGGGGCUGGAUAAUCAGGCCAAGAUUAUCAUCCUUCUGGGAAUUGAUAUUGUUUUCUUCUUCAUCGAGAUUAUCAGCGGUUAUGCUGUCGGCUCUCUCGCUCUGGUGGCAGAUAGCUUCCACAUGCUAAACGAUAUCAUGUCGCUUGUGGUAGCUCUGUACGCUGUGCGCCUCGUAAAGAAAGGCGGAAAGAGUCCGCAGUAUUCGUAUGGAUGGCAGCGCGCGGAAAUCCUGGGUGCACUGUUCAACGGUGUGUUCCUUCUGGCUUUGUGCUUCAGCAUCUUUAUGGAAGCCCUCGAACGCCUUGUCGCCAAGCCCCAGGUGUCAAACCCCAGCACAGUCGUCAUCGUCGGCUCUUUAGGUCUUUUGUCCAAUAUUGUCGGACUGCUCCUUUUCCAAGGCCAUGCACACCCGCACAGCCACAGCCACGGUCACGACCACUCACACGCACAUGCCGGUUCCGAUCACCACCACGAUAUCGAAAGCGGUGUUGUGCAUGAUCAUGACCAUGAUCAGCACGACCGCAAGCAUGAGCACGAUGACAGAACUACCGAGUUCAACAAGAACGUAGGUGACAUUGUCGGCCAUCCUGCUAGGGCUCGUGCUUUUGUGAUGAACCAGGCUCACUCCCUCGGCUACGACAACACGGCAUCUAAGAGCGGAGAUGGCGAAAGCCAACAGCUCCUUUCGCCUCAAUACGCUACGAACUCAUAUGGUGCUGCAGGAUCUUCGUCCCAUGACCAUGCGACUGGCACACGUCGCCUGUCCCAGGCGGAUGCAACGACGGAAGAGGAGGUUCGUCGUCAUCGCCAGUCUAUGGCGCUGAACGGUGGUCAUUCGCAUGGCAACAUGAACAUGAAAGGUGUGUUUUUGCACGUGCUGGGUGAUGCCAUUGGUAAUGUUGGUGUUAUUUUUGUCGGUGCUUUUAUCCUGUUCACCCACUAUUCGUGGCGCCAUUAUGCGGACCCGGUGAUCUCCUUCAUCAUUGCAUGCAUCAUUUUCCAAUCUGCCUUGCCUCUGGUCAAGUCAGCCUCUUUCAUUUUGCUCCAGGGAGUGCCAACAACCGUAUCACUCGGUGGCGUGCGUGACUCGGUGCUGCGCAUCGAGGGAGUGUUGAGUGUGCAUGACUUGCACGUCUGGCAACUGAACGAGAACAAAAACGUGGCAAGUUUGCACAUUAUGGUCGACUGCUCUGGUGAACAAACGGAUCGGUACAUGCACAUUGCUGAUCAGGUCCGCCGCACGCUGCACAUCUGGGGUAUUCAUUCUUCCACCAUCCAGCCAGAGUUUGUGCCUGGUGGUCUGAACGAAGCGGCUAAACUAAGCGGGGUGGCUGUGGCAUCGAAAAACCGAUUCGACGAGCAUGGCCAUUUGUUGACGCCCGAUGGCCACCGCGUAAAGGAAGAGAUAGCAGAGCGGGAUAUGGCCUGCUUGCUUGCAUGCCAGGAAGAGGAGUGUCGCGACGCCAAGUGUUGUGACGGCGCCGCCCCCAACCAUGUGAAAUCUUCUUCGUCCAAGACAUCUUCAUAA